AUGGACGACGAGGCAACGAGGAGUUUUUUCAGUUCCGGGAGGAUCGACGCGAGGUCGAGCGACGCCAAGUCGAUCGGGAGUCUCAGCCAGCACUUUUUCGAGAGCGACGACAACGAGGACAAAUACACCGGGACUUGUAACGGCUACAGCUCGCACCCGGGCAGCAAAUCGAAUCUGCUCUUGUGCACCGAGUGCGAUUUGCGCUCGAAAACCUGCACUUACAGGCCGCAAACGCCGAGCCAGUUGGGACGCUUCGUCGAGGAGAGAAUCGAGCGGAAAAGUCCCAUGAAGCUGGAAGGCUCUCCUCGCUACCGCCGGGACGAAAAUAACGCCGAACGCUCCGAACGGAAAGCCAGAAACAUUCCGCUCUCGCCGUCCAACCUCGCUGCCACUUCGCGCAAUCAGGAUCAAGAACAGAUGAGAAUUUUCGAACGACAACGCGAGACGGACUUGAAACAUCACGAAAGCAGAAGCCCCGCGUCCCACAAAAAUUAUCAACCGGCUAACUCGCCCCGAUGUCACGCUGACAUCGACCAACGUACUGCCAAUAAACGAAUCGAACUCGAGGACGAUCAAACCGAGGAAAGGAGGAGCAAAAUCGCGCAGGAACGUUAUCACGAUUCGAGGAGUCCAGUUCAAAUAUGCGAUCGGUCGCCGAGGCGCAAAAAAAUUGAUGAACGAGAGUGGACGAGGCGCGAGGGGAAUGGAUCGGAGGAUCAGGAUUAUCUUGAGGAAUCGGAGGAGAGUCCGCCGUGUCCACUGUGUAACGGAUCGAAUGGGAACAGCGAUAUUUCACGAUGUGCCCAUUGUAAUUUUUCGAGCGAUCAGGACGACCCCGAUCUCAUAUGUUUUCAAUGUCAGAUGUCGGCGGAGGAUGAAACGACGAGUGUGGAAGGUUCGAUAUGUCCGAAGUGUGAAAGCAUGUGUCACUCGAAGUCGGGCACGAACGGGAGCUCGUGCCAAACGACUUCAUCCUCGAGCGAAGGUACGAAAUAUCCGGUAGACGCGGUGGUCAAAAUCCACGUUAACAAUCGUUCGAUCGAGGUUGAUUCUGACGAUACGAUUGACAGCGAUCCGGCGUUGAACAGUCACGAGAAUGGCGCCGAGGCCGGCACAGGUGCUGCCACCAGCUCGCUCGACCGCCUCGAAACUAUAAUCGAAGUUAAGAACGACACUGCGUGCGAAAAUGGCGACGACAACGGCUCCAAGAUCAACGGACAACCGCGAACUAAAUAUCUCAAUUAUAUGAUCGUUCUACUUUUGUAAAUAAACUGAAAAAGCCCGAACGAAAUAAUACCGAAUAUUUGGCUGGUUCUAAUCACUGGGAGGGGACACAAAUUCGUCAUCGCGAAUGGUCAACUCGAUACUUCAAUAACCAAAAAUAUUGUAAUCAUAAAAAUACACCACAAAACUAUCAGCUUCGUUUCGAAUUUCUAUGAAAAUAUAAAAAUUCACGAUAACCGUUCGCAGGGUCAACAAACUUCAAAUUUUUAUUAUUUUCACUCGCACCAAAAAUGAAAUCACCACUUCCCGACAAACAAUACGAAACACUGUUCCGAAUCGAAGAACGAAUUGGGUACAAAUUCACUAAAAAUCACUUCACCAAAGGCGACACAACUAUAAUAUUGAAAUCCCAUAACAAAAAGUAACAGUCGAUUUCGACGUUCAAUUUAUUCCGUUCGUUCCCUCCAGGUGUAUUCUCACAGUGCGGAAUCAACGAACCGGCUAACAGGAUCGAAAAAUCGAAGAAAAAACAUGAAAAAGUGUGCAAACGUAGUGGAGAGUGUGAAAACAAAAUUUUCAAAACAAAACGAUUCGUACAGUCUUGAACGCUAGUUAAUUCAAUUAAAAUGAUCGUGCUUGUAAUGUAAAUAUUAGUUUAGUAUAACUAAUUGAACAUAUAUAAUAUAUAUAUGCAUAUAUAUAAUAACGCCUUAGGAUAUAUAUAUGAAUAUAUAUAUAUAUAUAUAUAAAUAAAAAUAUAGUCGAAAGAACCACGGUUGAGUUUAUUAUCGAUUAAGACAAAGACAGUGUUGGUGAAUAAAUCUAUUCCGAAGUCUCGAAUAUUCCUAUAUGAAAAAAAAAAGAAACAACAAAAAAAAACACUGAACACGAUCGAUUUCCAACGAUUUUUAUUGCCAUUUAAAGGAUCGUUCGGACUCGCGAAAUCGUAACGAACAUUCGUACACUGUAAAUACUGCCAUACUGAGGAAGAAAAGGAGCGGCGCGAAGGAGGUUAGGAGAAGGGGGAGGGCGGGGCGAGGACAGAACGAAAACAAAUACGAAGAAUUAGAAAGAGAAGAGAUCUUGAUAAAACAAUUCUCAAUGUUUCGCACGAAUAUGACAGCAUAAUAAUAGCUAUAACGUCGUAGUUUUUAGUAGCUAGAUAAAGUAAAUGAUUAAAAGAAGAACAAAAAAAAAACAGAGAAAAGGAGAUUGAGAAUGCUGAAAAAAUAACUUUCAGACGACGAGAGAAAA